AUGUAUAAAAUGGAAUAUUCUUACCUCAAUUCCUCCGCCUAUGAGUCGUGCAUGGCUGGCAUGGACACUUCUAGCCUGGCCUCAGCCUAUGCCGAUUUCAGCUCGUGCAGCCAAGCCAGUGGCUUCCAGUAUAAUCCUAUCAGGACCACUUUUGGGGCCACUUCAGGUUGCCCGUCCCUCACCCCAGGAUCCUGCAGCCUCGGCACUCUCAGAGACCAUCAGAGCAGCCCCUAUGCAGCAGUUCCUUACAAGCUAUUCACUGAUCACGGAGGGCUGAAUGAGAAGAGGAAACAGAGAAGAAUACGCACAACCUUCACCAGCGCGCAGCUUAAGGAACUAGAGAGAGUAUUCGCAGAGACCCAUUACCCUGAUAUCUACACCCGCGAGGAACUGGCGCUCAAGAUAGACCUGACUGAAGCCAGAGUGCAGGUCUGGUUCCAGAACCGCAGGGCCAAGUUCAGGAAGCAGGAAAGAGCAGCAGCAGCGGCAGCAGCAGCAGCCAAAAAUGGCUCCUCGGGCAAGAAAUCAGACUCCUCGCGGGACGAAGAGAGCAAGGACUCCAAGAGUGCCGACCCUGACAGCACCGGGGGGCCCGUGAAUAAUCCGAACCCCACUCCCAGCUGUGGUGGAGGGCCAAGUCCUAGCGGGGUACAGGGAAAUGGGGUCCCACAGGAGCCAGGCAAGGUCGGAAUGCAGGGGCCUGGAAGCCUGGCAUCAGCAUCAGUUGUAGGAGUCACAGGUGGACCACAAGGCUGGGCAACUGGGCCAGGAGGCACCAUCACCUCUAUCCCUGACUCCUUAGGAGGCCCCUUCGCCAGUGUCUUAUCUUCUCUGCAGAGACCCAACAGCACCAAAGCCACUCUAGUCAAGAGCAUGUUCUGA